UGUGGUUGAGGAGUGGGACGAGGGUGUGCGACACACAGAAUGGGUCGCCUUACGCUUCCUACCCGGGAGGCCGGUCCCGGACGGGGGCUCGCGCGCAGUUCCCAGGGUGGCCACCGGGGGCGCCUGAGUACGGCCGGCACUCUGGCCCGCUCCAGAGCUCUAUGGCCCGCGUCUCCCGGCCGCACUGCCGGCGGCGCGGUGCAGCGGUGCUCGGAGCAGGGGACCGUCGCCAGCCAGUCCAACCCUAACCCCGCCUGGUCCAGUCCAAAGGCCAUGCCGCUGUGUGACCCUUGACCCGAUCAGACAACACGCGGAACCGCUCUGCCCCGCUCCACCCGAGUCCGGCCUUGAACUCGGCCCCAGCUCCCGGCCAUGCGGGGGAAGCUGCUGCCGCUGGCCGGCCUCUACCUGGUGCAGGGCCUGCCGUACGGGCUGCAGUCUGGCCUGCUGCCCGUGCUGCUGCGAGCAGGUGGCCUCUCCCUGACACGCGUGGGACUGGCCAAGGUGCUGUACGCGCCCUGGCUGUUCAAGCUGGUGUGGGCCCCACUGGUGGACACGCGGGGCUCCCCCAGGGCCUGGCUGGCGCUCAGCACGGCGGCUCUGGGCCUGGUGUGCGGGCUGCUGGCCGCCUUCUCUCUUGCUGGAGAUGGCCAGGCGGAGGUGCCCGUCGUGGCGGCGGGGCUGCUGCUGUUGCUGAACCUAGGUGCCGCCGUGCAGGAUGUGGCCCUGGACACGCUGGCUGUGCAGCUCCUGGGGGCGGCGGAGCUGGGGCCUGGAAAUUCCGUGCAGGUGGUCGCUUACAAGCUGGGGUCGGUGCUGGCGGGCGGGGGGCUGCUGGUCCUUGUGCCCACCCUCUCCUGGCCCCGGCUGUUCCUGCUCUUGGCCGCCACCUAUUGGCUGGCUGCCGCCCUGGCUUGGACCGCGCCCGCCCUGCAGCAGCUGCCCUCUCCCAAGCCCUCAGGUCACGCCCCCCACACCCUGCAGCUUCUGCAGGACUUGCUGGCUGUGUCUGGGACCCUGUGGACCGCGGGCUUUGUGCUCAUUUACAAGCUGGGUGAGCAGGGCGCUGGCAGCCUGUUCCCACUCCUCCUGUUGGACUGGGGCCUCUCUGCGCCGGAGCUGGGGCUGUGGAACGGUGUGGGCGCUGUGGCCUGCUCCAUUGCCGGAUCGUCCCUGGGCGGGGUCCUGCUGGCCAGGCACCGGAAGCUGCUGCCCCUGCUGAGGUCAGUGCUUCAGUUCCGCCUGGGGGGCCUGGCCUGCCAGACCACCCUGCUCUUCUGCCUGGACACCCCAGGGGCCAGGCUGGGCCCUGGCACAGUCCUGAGAGGGGCAGCCCUGCUGAGCCUGUGCCUGCAGCACUUCCUGGGGGGCCUGGUUACAACGGCCACCUUCACCCUGAUGAUGCGCUGUAGCCAGCUGGCGCCAAGCACCCUGCAGGCCACACACUACAGCCUCCUGGCCACGCUGGAGCUGCUGGGGAAGCUGCUGCUGGGCACACUGGCCGGAGCCCUGGCCGACAGCCUGGGGCUGCGCCUCUGCUUCUCGCUCUUCCUCGUGCUCUCCGCCCUGCCCGUUCUGCACCUGGGGCUGGCGCCCGGCAUCCUGGCCUGAGCUGGGUGGCCGGUCUGGUCCAUAAAGCCAAGCCUGACUGCGGCGUGCUUGUGUCUGUCUGGGUUGUGGUGUCCCAGGCUGUCCCGACACUGUGGCACCACCCCACCCAGAAGGAGGAUCCCCAAAAGCUACUUCAGCAUCUUUUUUCCUGUAUUUUGGGAAUUCCUCGUGCCCACAUUCCUGGCAGUAAACUUUUGCCCACGGUGGUCGCUGU